AUGCAGAAAACAAACGAUAUUUUUGCAGUUCAUUUGUUUCAUGAAGAAGGGAUUAACUUAAAGGCUAAUGAGCCCGACUUGAACCAUGUGCCAACCAAAUCAGGAGAUGGUGAUCAAGAUCAAGUUCCACCGCGAAAAAAAGUCAGGGUCAGUCGCAAGCCCACACUCUUUGACAUGGGCGCACCAACCACAUCAUCACCCGGGCCGCAACCAACUUCACCUUAUUCAGCAGCUAGAGCCCGAAGGGUCAAGAUAUAUAGUAAGCAAGAGGUCGACGAAUGCAUAGGUAUGAAAAAGUCAUACCGACAAUUCUGGAACGAUGAAGCAGAAGAACUCUGCAGGAGCAACGCUCUAAAAACAUUCAAGCCUGGGGAGAUCAAGGUGCAAUUCAUGUUGCCUGGUCACUCAAGAAAACUGACAUUUUAAAAGAUCAAAUCGAGGAAGUUAAGAAGGAAAUCGCCUCAAAGUGUUCAACUGACAUACUGAAAAAAUUUCAAACAUCGAAGAAGACAGUUGAGAAAAACGCGGAACGUGUUGACGCAGCCGCUUCCGCUUUACGAGAAACACAAGAAAAUUUAACAACCGCCAGGCAGGAAUUUCUGGACAGUACAAACAAGUCUGAACUGAAAUUAGCCGCAGUCAGAGUGGAUAAGAUUGAGAAAGACUUAGAUGCUCAGCUGGCAGAACUACGAAGGGCCCAAGAUGCCCUACGAAAAGCGACAGACGCUCGAAAAAAAUUGUUACAACUGGAAGUUGAAAGCCGGCCGGCCGAUAGCGAUAGUGAUGACUCGACAUGUUAA